CUAUGAAGUGGUUUCGACUUGUCCAUAGGCACAACUCUUUGGCCCCGGCUUCGCAUUUUUUUCGCGCGGCUGUGGCUAUGGUCCCGCCUGCAGAUGGCAGCCUGGACGAUGGCCUGGUUUCAGCCCUUACAGCUCUGACCGAGUGUGCCCAAGGACUCCGGAGUGAGCCUUUGAAGAGCGAGGUGGGGCGUCAAACUCGGCAUCUGCUUCAACAGAUCGAAGGUACUUGUAAGGCUGUUGUGACCGUCCUGGUGGACUCGUUGAGAGAACCCAACCCGGAUGCAGUGGCCUUUGACCAAAUCUGGGCGUUGCGAAACAUCGGCAAGCAAUGCGUGAUCUCGCGGAACUGGAUCUGCGCAAAGCAGGGCAUCGAAGCGGUGGCGCAGGCCAUGGCGCAACACCCAGCCCACGCGAAACUCCUAGAGGAGGGCGCGUGGCUGAGCUACGUCCUCCAUGGCGUCAGUGGGUUCGUGCAACUUCUGAAGCUCUCGCAGGCGAUGCCAGGCAACACGCUGGGCACAAUGGCAGUGCAAUAUGCAACGGCCAAAGCACUGCGGGAGCUUUCGGAACAGCAGAGGGAACGCGGCAAGGAGGGCUGCAUGGGGUGGUCGGAAGCUGAUGUGUUGGUGCUUGGCCUUCUGGCAGCUCUACGACAGCAUUCGCAGCCCAAUGAGGAAUUACUUUGUGAGUGUUUUAAAGCUCUCAAUGAGCUGAUUCACGAACAUCCAGGUCGAGGCAGACUGUUCAUGGAGCAAAGUGGUGGAGAGGCGCUCUUGAAAGCCUUGAGCGCCAGCAGCCCCCCCGGCCCUAACCCUACUAGUCCCAAGUGGCGGCAAGCUGGCAUUUGGCUGAUGACAAAUCUGGUCACAGGAAACCCUAAUGCCGCCUCCACGCUUCGAAGCAUGGGCGCUCUUGAUUGCUUGGUGAAAUGCGGUCAGGUGUUGCCUGGCUCGGGCUUCGACACCAUGUGGACCUUGGGGCAGGUGGGUGGUCCGUUGACGAUCUUGAGACUCUUGGAACGUUGUCAGAACAAAGAGGGCCUCUCUGUCAGUCUGAAAGCUCUCUCCAGACUCACCUGGGAGUCUCUGGAGGACUUUCAAGACCAACUGCCUGAGGUGCUCAAGGAGCUGACAAAGACCAUCCGCUUGAUGGACGAGCGACUCUCCAAGGAGCUGCAACAUGCGUUGCAAGCGCUGGGGGGCGUGUUGAAGUUCUAUUCCGCCACAGUACCACCGAGCCUUUGCCCCGACAUGGACGCGGCAGUAGAGCUGAUGUUGAAGGCCGUGCGCAGCAGCGAUCCGGACGUGGCCAAGGCCGCCAGCGUCUGCCUGGGACACAUUGCCACGCCCCAGUGGCGCCUGCCACUGCAGAGCGCGCUGCCGACCAUGCGCUGCUUGUGGAUGGCCGCGGGCGAAUCCAAGGAAAGCUGCGGAAAUCUUCGCGAUUUGAUGUGGGCUGCAGGCUGUAUCAAUGGACUUCCCGUUUUGACGGAAGCCAUGAGGGAGCGCAUUCAAUGUGCAGAUCUGCAGCACGCAUGCUUGCGUGCCAUCGUGGAUAUCGCUGAUGAAGCGGAUCGUGGCAGCAGCGUUCCCGCUGCUCCCAGCGCGGUCAACGAGACAGUGCACGUCGUGACGGCGGCGAUGAAGCUACACAGCUCAGUGGUGAACCUGCAAUCCUGUGGCUGCGAAGCCUUGGCGGUCUUGCUCACGACGUACAAGGCUGAGGAGGUUCAAAGGGGCCAGCUGUCACGGCUGUCACCGGACGUGCCGAUGGAAGCGUUGGAGGUCGUGCUCCAUGCGUUGAGGCGCUUCCCCAACCAGUUCAAAGUGGUCGAGAAAGUUUUCAUGGCCUUGCGGAGAUUUCUGGAGCCGAUCACGCGCGACCAGGAAUGCCUUGAUGCUGUAAAAAGGACGGUCAAGCUGCUUGGCGAGUCGGACGCUGUCUUGCAGCUGAGAAAAGUCUUCCAGGACUAUCCAAAGGCGCAGCCGGACCUGCUAGAGAAUGCCUGCUUUGCGUUUGCCAUGCUGGCUGGGAUCGAUGCACUGCUGAAAGAGGCCACGGAUGGAACGGUACAAAUCAAGUCUGCUGCUGUGCAGGCGCUUUGUGACUUGUGCCGAAGCUUCGCAGAGCUUCAGCCGAAAGCGGUGGAGAUUCGAAACUGUGCGGCAGGUUUGGUGGCCUCAGAGGUGACCAGAGGACGCGAGGGUGAGAUGGGUCAACAGGUGGUGGAAUUGCAGCGCCGCUACGAGAUGCUCACAGGGCUGCUGCGCUGAGCGAGGCAGACAGCUAGGUUGAAGGGUUGUUUUUGGUGCGUAG